AUGAGUUCAUCCGAGAGUCACACCAUUGGAUCAAACGAUGCCUUGUCUUCGGCUAAGAGAGCGGACACAACGCCGACCGCCGACCAGACAUCCCUUCAGAAGCCUGUCAUUCAAAACAUAAGUCCGCGGACUAUAUCUGGAGUAUUGUCUCAAUGGAACCAAAAGGCCAUCGAUUGGUCUUUGAGUGGUUUGAUAGCAAUCGGAUCCCAUAAUCGGGUGGUUGUUGUCGACGCUCUUCACGGCCUCAAACUCUGUCAAAGUAUGUCUUCACACGAAUCCAAACGCAAUCAAUCGUUUAACUCAUUUCUCUCAUCAGGUCUUCACAGACAUAAUCACUCGGUUUGUCUGAUCCGAUGGUGUCAUUCAAACGAUCUUAAGCUCUGUUCGGUAGACACGACCGGAACUAUCAUUAUAUGGGAUGUGAGCGAAGGGUCUGUUCUCACGUUAAUCACUGCCACCAAAGAGCUGAAGAGUAUUCAAGCGAUUGAAUGGUUAGAAUUGAAAAGUGCGGACAAUAUUUGUCAAAACUAUUUACUAGUUUUGAACCGAAAUAAUGGAUUGACUUUAUUGGACACCGAAUUCGGCGAAAUUAUUUGGACCAAAAAUUUCGAUAUAACCCUUAAAAGCAUAUCUUUGGACCCGUUUUGCGCUAAUAAUAUACUGUUUGGCAUUCAAUCGAAAGACUGUUGUUUCGCAACUGUGGACGACCUGAGGGCUAAUGGAUGUGCCAACAGAUCAUUGAAAUACUAUUCAAUUGUCUCUAAUUCGGGGAAGAAUCCGCCCAAAUCUACUUCGGCUUUGAAUUAUUCUCUUUUAGCCGAAAAAGUGGUUUCGAGCGAUACUAAUGUAAUGAGUGAUUGGAUUCAGAUUUGUUAUCACAAAUCGGUUCCCAAUCAAGUAUUGGUGGCAAUCAGUCGCCAGAUAUUAGUGAUUGAUUUGUCGAUCGAAGCGAUCAUCUGUUGUGUACCACUCGAGAGGAACUGUUCAAACAUAACGAAUGUGUUUUCGUGUCAAAACCGAAACGCGUUCUUCAUUUGCCACGACUUCGGAACCGUUUCUUUGCGAUUAUUUCAGAAACAAGUGAUAAACGAGACCAACGAAAUGGCCGCUAAUGUGAUGAUCUCUUAUGCGAAUGUGUGUCAAUCCGAUGGCCUCAGACUUACCAAACAAAACAAGAUUUUUGGCUAUUGUUUGUCUCCAAGCGAUGAAACAAAAGUCGCUCUUUUGCUAAAUAACGGGCGAAUUAUCAUCAAAAAAGUUCAUAAAAUGGGGACAAAAGCUAAUAAUGAGUCCAUUUGUUUGCCAUAUAUUUAUGAUAUGAUCACAACUGAUGAAUAUAUUGCAAGUGAACAAAAGAAAUGCAAAACGUAUCGCAUGUUAAUGACCCAAAUGUCUUCGGCUAUUAAUUUUAGUCCUCAUGUGAUCCGUAUGUGUCCGCCCGUAACCAUGAGAAACUGGCAGUUCCAUAGACCUCUAUUAGCUGUUGGAGACUCGAGUGGAAGCGUUCAGAUCUGGAAUCUAUCGCUUUCAUCGCUGGAUAAAGAGUUUGGGAUUCAUUCGUUUCCCGUUCGAGGACUCGAGUGGACGGGUUUGGAUGCCUUCAUAUCAUUCGCUUACCCAAACAUAUCCCCGCAUUCCGGGAAGACUAACAACGAACUGAAUAUAACUGAAGUCAAUUCGGGCACAACUUAUCCGUUAAGAACUGAGAGAAAUAUGGAUUCGUCUCCAAUCGAGUCGUUGAGAAUUUCGCAUUUGAAACAAUAUCUCAUCAUUUCCUUCAAAGACGAUCCCUUCGAGAUCUGGGACUUAAAGAGUUUAUCACUGCUUCGAGUUAUGCCCAAACAGUUCUCAGCCAUCACUGCCAUUGAAUGGAGUCCUCUCUAUACUAAGCGCACUGAAAGUCAAAAUCAUUCGUCAAAUGCUAUGACUUUUCACUCGAAGGAGAACUUUGUGGUGACGAACACUACGGGAGAGUUGUAUCACUUCUCCAUUGAGGGAAAUAUAGUGAAGGAAAUCACUUGCAUUCCUCCCGACACUGAAAUGAGUGCAAACAUAACGUGCAUUGCGUGGAAGAGUGAUCAGGUGUUGUUGGGCGACGCCGUCGGCAAUCUCAAUGUGUGGGACCUGAAGAAGAAGGUGUCGCGCAUUGAGCCCACACAUCGCGGACCAAUCAAGAAGAUGCGGUUCGGCCCCGGGAGGGGGAACAUGAAGUUCUUGAUGCAAUACAACGACGGCGUCGACAUUUGGGACACUAAGGACUUUAAACUAAACGCACAGUUAAAACAUCCGCGAGAUAUGAAUUUUAAAGUGGUUGACAUCGAUUGGGCGGCCAGUGAUCGGCCGGUCCUUUGCACGUCUGAGGGAACUGUUUUGGUGACUGAUAUGAAACUCAGGCAAUACUCGUCGUCAAUGUCCGAACUGUUGGCCAAUCAAACGGACACCGAAUACAAUGAUUUAAAUUCAGUAAACUUUUAUAUGCUUUCAUCGAUGUCUCGAUUCAUAUUUAAGUCGAAACUAUUCCUCAAUGAAUGGAAUGGCGGACCAAAGCUUCCCGACUGUGAAGUCGAGAGGAAUAUAUUGAUUGCAAAGCUUUUUAAUGAUUACGAAAGCUUUCACUUUUGGAAUAUUGUUUCCUAUGCUUUGUUUGACAAUAAGGAAAGACUCGAUCGAAACAAUGAUCUAUUUUUAGAUAAUAAACAUUACAAAGAUAUCCAGUUUGAAAAGGUUUCACUAUUGGACUUAAUUCGGUCUAAUUAUAAUCAAAAUAAGAUAUGUUAUGAAAUGCAUCUGUUAUUGAAUGAACCGCAACGAGCCGUUCAACUGCUUCUGGAGAGCGACUCAUCGAUGAGUGAUUAUUAUGUGGACGCUUUGAAGGCAUGUCUUAUCACUUCACUUCAGUCUAACGACUCUUCGGCGCAUCCCGUCAUCAAAUUAGUCGCCACUAAUUUAAUAGCCAAUGGAAGGGUAGGCGACGGCUCACAGCUAUUGUGUCUGAUUGGCAAAACACAAGACGCCUGUCGAUACCUCCAGAGCGCCAACAAGUGGUUGGAAUCCGUUUGUUUAGCAAAGUGCACUCUUGAAGGGGAGGAGUACGUGGAGAUAAUGCGCCGGUGGGCCGAACACCUCAUCUCACAGUCUAACUAUAAGACGGCUGUCUUUAUAUUUAUUUCACUCAAACAGUACAUUAAAGCGAUUCAAACACUCCUUAAAUUGAAUAUCGAAACGACUGUUCUGCCCAAAGUAUUGCUAAUAAUGGGCUCAUAUGUGAUGUCCAACAACGUCGAAGUGCCCACAAUUGUCACCACAAUCUACGAGUUCUCGCUGUUAGUGUUUUCUGCGGCCAUAAUCUUCAUAAUAGUGCUAAUUCUGGCCACUUUUGGUUCCGAUUCUAACAAACCUGGAAAUCAUGACUUGGAAUACGAGAGUGAAAUUCUUGAGUCCAUUAAUGAGACCUCUUUUGAUGAUUUGCCGCUCACUAGUGGUGAACAACAAUUGUUGACACAAUUAGAGCGCACCACAGAUCAGAUCGAAUUAUUCUUCGAGAACUGUAAUGACUUUGUGGUCGAUUUGGUCGCUAUUGAAGACACGUUUGGCAUCAAUGAUCGCAACUAUCACUUUGACUCUCCGCCCACAUAUGAAGAGGCCGUCAGAUCUGAUAAACUUAAGACAUGA